UUUUUUUUGUUGUUUCCUUUUUGCUCUUUUUCUGGGCCCAUCCCGAAAAGCGGAAGGUUUACAGGCAGAGCGACAACCAGAUCCAUCCACCGUGCCCAAGCCACGUGCGUGGCAACGAAGGCGCCCAUUCUUCCCUGGACCCCACCCAUAUAAAGCGGUUUCAGGGGUUGGUUGGAAACCACAGCCCGGCCUCCUGAUGGAGUCUGAAUCCAGCCAGUGUGAAGAGGAGACCCCUUCCCUCUUGUGGGGUUUGGAUCCUGUGUUUCUAGCCUUUGCAAAACUCUACAUCAGGGACAUCCUGGAUUUAAAAGAGUCCCGCCAGGUGCCAGGUAUAUUUUUUUACAAUGGGCAUCCAAUAAAACAGGUAGAUAUCUUGGGAACAGUCAUUGGAACAAGAGAAAAAGAUGCUUUCUACGGUUAUGGAGUGGAUGAUGGCACUGGAGUUAUAAACUGCAUCUGCUGGAAAAAGUCAAGCAAUACCAAAGAGUCUUCAUCAGCUACAGCUGCUCCAAGUACAGCAGGAGAGCAGAGCUUAGCCUCAAAACUUAAGAAGCUACAAGAGGCUAUCGAACAGAGAACAAAGUUAGAAAUUGGGGAUGUUGUCCGAAUCAGAGGCUAUAUCCGCACGUACAGGGAAGAGCGAGAAAUUCAUGCCACCGCUUAUUAUAAAGUGGAUGAUCCAGUGUGGGACGUUCAAGUUGCAAGGAUGCUUGAGCUGCCCACGCUCUACAGGAAAGUUUAUGACCAGCCUUUCUGCAGCCCAGCCCUAGAGAAAGAAGAGGCAAUGAGCAGCAAUCCAGGUGCCCUGGACCUCACCAGUCUCACGAGUUUGCUAAGUGAGAAAGCCAAAGAAUUCCUCAUGGAGAACAAAGUGCAGACCUUUUACCAGCAGGAGCUGGAGAUAGUGGAGUCUUUGCUGUCCGUUGCCAAUCAGCCUGUGAUUCACAGCGCCGGCUCCGACCAAAUACUUUAUUGGUCGCCUGACGUGUGCCAGGGAGGGGGUGGCAGAGAUGAAGUACAAAGUCCCCAACUCGAGAAGCACACUGUCCAGUUAACCAAGGUGGACAAUAAGGAAAUCACUUCCAAGGCGAUUCAUAGUAUAUUUAAGAAUGCUAUACAGCUACUGCAGGAAAAAGGACUCGUCUUCCAGAAAGAUGGUGGUUUUGAUAAUCUGUACUACGUAACCAGAGAAGACAAAGACCUGCACAAAAAGAUCCACCGGAUCAUUCGGGAAGACUGCCAGAAACCAAACCACGCCAAGAAGGGCUGCCACUUCCUGCACAUCUUGGCCUGUGCUCGCCUGAGCAUCCACUCGGGCCUGAGUGAGGCUGUGCUGCGGCAGGUUCUGGAGCUCCUGGAGGACCAGAGUGACAUCGUCAGCACCAUGGAGCACUACUACACGGUGUUCUGAGCAGAGGCCGCAGACAACACGUGCGGACGAGAAAGAUGAAGUGGUGUUCACCCCCAGGCUCUGAUUUUACACAUCCUGCAAGGGCUUAUAUGAAGGCAGUUACCUCCUAAUACACUACAAAAUAUGGUCAUUCAGAGAAUGGAAUUUGACAUAAAUGCUGUUGGCUUCCUUCUUCCUGCUGUAACCUUGAGAGACAAUAACUAACCUCACCAUGACAUACAAGAAAACCCUCCCUGUUGACCUCUUGGCUGGGCAUCACUGAUGGAGCAGAAUGGGGACAAAACAGUGUUGGCAGCUUCCUCGGCAUGUGUGUGUGGAGGCUCUACGUGGCAGAGGGACACCACGGGACAAAGGCCCACGUGCUGUGGAACUGAAGCACACACUGCCAGACCACACAGUUCUAGACUUUUUAAAACUUCAGGUUAUCAGAGGCAUUUCUGUGGGCCUCCCUUGAUGGUUAAGAACUGGCUUAGGAGGGUACUGCCUUUUUUGAGUGUCACUUGCCUGUGGUUUCUGUAGCUCAAGCACCAGUGGUGGGGCCUGGGGUCUGGAUUUAUGUUCCUUACAGAGCUACCUGGAGAUGGGAAUAAACAGGGAUCCCAGGCCUGA